AUGGUACGGCUCAGCUUAGCAUUUAUCAAAGCAAGUCCAAAGAGACAGAAUUUACCCUUCCAAGUAGUGCAACAGGUUUUCCUCAACAUCAACCAACAUCAAGCGUUGGCGCUUGCACCAUUACAUUCUAAAUUUUACAACGCUACAAGGGACAAAUUGUAUCAAAACAUCUAUAUUUAUGGAGAAUUUUUAUAUAUACCACUAAAAGGCGACGCUAUUCGAUUCAAGUUUCACAAAGACAUCAACAACUUCAGAACAAACAAAUAUACAGUAGUAUCCAAAUAUGUUUUAUACAAAUGUAUGUCUCAGAUCAGACAGGACGUAAAAAUUAAUCAUUUGAUACUAUCCGAUUACGAUGAGACUCUUAUAAAGCAGGUUUUAGGACAUUUCCAAUCGAUUCGGACUUUUGAAGUAAUUCGAUCUUUUGGGCUCAACAGGCAAGGCCAUCUCACUUUUCAUAAAGAAAUGUCCAGAGAGCUCAUGUUCAGUGAUAUGAGAGCAAAUAAUUUAUUCAGCAAUACCGUGUUUAUUCCUCCGCCAUUUAAUCCGAAUCAAUUCGAGAUACCAUCAAAUAUUAAAACAUCGCUUAGUUUAUUUGUCACUUCAGAUAUUGUAAACUGGGAUUUCCUCCACCCAUUCCCAUUUAUAACAAAUUUGACAGUUCUAGCUUUUCGCAGAGACAUGCUUACCAAACGCGUAGAGAAUUUGAGGUUGCAUAAGUUACAUCUCCAUCAUUUGAUGGAAGUAGUCGAUUAUACAAUAAGUGAUGUGUUUAAUACCAUUGCACUCCGUGAAUUGACCAUUGUUGGGUAUAUUCAAAUUGAAAAAGUAUUUCCCAAUCACAAGUUAGACGAAGAGUAUCCUCAACUCGCUCAGUUCUGUCUAAGGCACAACGGAGAAGAAACUCAAGAGUUUACCAUUCGGGAUCUCCUAAACUUUUCACACAUUAAUUUAUCGAUGCUCAUCCUUGCAACUAAAUUUUCCAAUCCGAAAACAGCAAGAGCAAUUAGCUGGUUGUGUUUAUACUUUCCCAAAGCCUCUAUUAAUUGGUGGUUUGAGCCAAGAGGAUUUCCAAUCCGGGCGUUAGGAAUUAAUAAUUGCAUUACUGAUUCUGCAUUUACUAAUGAUAUAUAUAUGCUAAGUCCACAGCUUCCUUUUGGUGUCAUCGGCUAUCAUUUCCCUAAACUUCGUAUAAUCAACAGAACCGGGGGGCAUUUGACUUUUCUUCUUUACACUUCAGCAUAUAUCAACAGCAAAACCAUGGCCGCAAAUUCCACGAACGUCGCUGUUCCAUAUUCCUAUGCACCCACUGCCAAGUUGUUUACAGCAAUGAUUGGUAAGCAGUUGGAGGUAUUUCAAACUAAAAUUGAACUAGUGUUUGCCGAAGGCUCAGAAGACGUUGACUUCAGGAACUACUGCUUGGUUGGAAUGGACCUUAACGAAACCACUACCUUCAAAAACACUUGCCACCAGAUUUGCUCAUUGAAGUUUGACUACCAUCCAAUUAGAGCAGCAUUUACAGCUCAAACUAAAAGGGCAUUGAAUGAAGUAAUACAAGAUUACUGCUCCUUUGUUAAAGCAGCUUGGAAGGGUAUCAUACCAUACUCUUUCUUAAUGAAUAACUUUUUGUCAGCGAAAUUCUCAUUUCAGUUGUGCCAAAUUGAUUUCCCUGUGGAAAGCGGUAUAGAAGUUACUGAAACUGUCAAUGAUGUGUAUUCAUUGAAAAAAUACCAAAUCAACACAGACGUCUUAAGUGAGAUUACCCUCAAUUCAUUCUACAACGAAGAAUCUGCACCGAUUUUUCAACUACCAACAGAUGAUGUUGGCAGUAAAGAAUGCCACUUUAGCGUCAUGUUUUCCCAUUGGUUAAGACCAUUCUUCAACAUGAUUAAAGGACAAGGGAUACAACAGCCCACCAUAAAAACGACAAACUUAGAUCAGACAGACACAUGGGCGGAACCAGAUUGGGAUUUAGUAGAUGAAGACAAGGAAAAUUUUUUUGCAGAAUUGAAAAGAACUGGAUUAAGCUCUUUUUGUGACGGAAGUGUAGGGCAUCUAAAAAUAUUGGCACAAGCGGGUGUUUAUUUCAGAGCCUGCAAAUCCAACACGGGAUUUGUUGUAACCCCGUUGAUCAUUUCCCGAAUCGGGUUUAACGUUCCUGAAGAUCUUAAAGAAUUGGAGGGGAGCUCAAAUGGAGACACUAGACACUCAGUUACCCCAUUAGCAAUUGAUGUAUUCAAUCAUGCAUCACACAAUGAGGGAGGGCUUCUUGCUGCAUGGUUUAGCAUGUUGAUGGAAAAACCCCUAAGGACAUUGUCUGAGCCAGAGUUAGAACAGCUUGAAGUGACUCUUCAGGAAUUGAAAACAAUGAUAACUGAAAAAAAGAAACAAAAGCAGAAGAAAGCAAAGAAACCGGUCGCAAAGAUAACAAAGAAGGCACGAAAGCAAUGA